AUGGGCUCCGCAGAGCAGCAUCUGCCACAGCUGCAGGCGAGAAUGGCUUCGACGCAGCACCGAGCGUCGCGUGCCAGCUGGCCACGUGCCGGCCCGGGGCGUGCGGAGCUUCCACGCAGACGCAAUGAGUCGGAGAGCGUCUCCGGGUGGUCUCGUCAUGGCGGCAUCUCCGUCUGGGACACGCAUAACGGGUAUUCGUCUCGCCCGGCGAGCGAGGCGAAGGAUCGGAUCGCAUGA